AUGCCUCAUUCAUUUACUUCGAUAAGUCUUCUUGUGAGUCGCUGCGUCAUGUCUGAUCAGCAAAACUGCCAACAGGAACACGACUCUUCAUCGCCAGUGUCGUGCUCAAAAACACUCCGAAAAGUUUGCCUUGUAUUGAUAUUAAUCCCUGUCUUAAUUGUCGUGGUCUUCAUUGCCGUGUGGAGGCCAAUCUUCGUCACGUAUUUCUACAGGUUUACGAAGCUCAUUGUAUUGUGUGUAGUACGCGAUAAUCAGCGAAUUUUGGACAAUGAACUAGAGGCUGUUAACAAAGAAUGGAGAAUGUAUCGACUGGAGAGUCGUUUUGGUCAGGAUUGGUGCAAAGAGUAUGCUGAAUCACGGAGCAAUGUAACAUGGCUAACCGCCUUAGUGAACGAUAAAUUAAUCUUCGCUUCACUGGUUCUUGGUCAUUCAAUACGAACAUUCUCUUGUCAGAAAAACAUGAUUGCGUUGAUUUCAGAUCAAGUAAGCAAAAAAAUGGUGAAAGCUCUUGAACGUGUUGGCUGGGAGACUCGGGUUGUGGAAGAACUAGACUGUGAGUGGAUGGAAGCGACGUUAGGAGGCGAGAGAAACUUCGACUUUUUUAGGAAGAGCAGAAUAAAGGGAACACACACCAGAUUUCAUGCAUGGAAAUACACGGAAUUUUCAAAAAUCAUUUACACCGAUGCUGAUUACAUGUUGAUGACAAACGUAGACGAACUGUUUGAUCUUGGAGACGACUUUGCAGCCGUCCCUUGUGGUAGACCCGGCGUUGUCGAUCCGUUUUUCAAUGCGGGAUUUCUCGUGUUUAGGCCCAAUAUGAAACACCACGAAGAAAUGAUGAAACUCUGGCGUGAACUCACAGCGAAAGACACGUGCCCUCACGACCAGGAUCUGCUGAACAUGUACUAUUCUAACAAGUGGAAAGAACUUCCCUACACUUACAACAUCAGGCGUCAUAUUUAUAGACCCAUGAAGUCAUUUCACUUCGCCUGUUGUUAUCCACCCAAGCCAUGGUCUGCCGAAUGUCGACCAAACAGGGAGGAAGCUUAUAACUUUAACUCCCCUAUUUUAACCUUCGAUGACAUUGCAAUGGUGUUCUGGAAGAACGCCUAUGAGCUGCUACAUAAAUACGAACUUGAGGAUUGGUGGAGAUCUACAGAGUGGUUUCGUCCUUGGCAGGAGUUUGGAAAUACAACGUAUGCUGAUUGCUUGAGCAAUAUAUCUGUAAACCCUCAGCGGUAGGAAACCGCAACUUCUUGACUCCUCUACAAAGCUUUUAUUUACUAAUUUCACUCGAAUAAAGGGGGAGGGUCGUACACACUGCACAGAAUAUCAGCGCAUUCAGGAGAUCGGAACCACAGCGAAGGAAGCCAUAUUAUUUGUUAUGCUUAGCGACCGCUCAAACAUGUAAAUGUCAAACCCUUUCAUGUAAGAUGACACGUGGCAUGUUUUCUGUCUCACUGUGCUUUUUAGCAACACUGCAAUGGGGCAAGGGGACUGCAUUCUGCGUGCCCAAAAAAUCAGAAGUGUUUCAAGUUAUUUUGUCCAGAGUAGCAGCCCUCCCACCCACAAGUUCUUAGGGCUCUCACACCUCUUCCUGCUCAAGGAGUGGGCAUGAUCACAGGAAAAAAUAACAGAUUCCCAAUAUUGGAUAUUUUAGGAUAUUUGAUGAAUUCCCACAAAAAUCCCAAAUUUGGCAAAGUUAGACAAGUCCCCACAAGGGAAUUCCCAACCAAAUUCCCUGGUUGGGACUUGUCUCACUCUUCCAAAUUUGGGAUUUUUGUGGGUAUUCUUUAAAUACCCUAACAUAUCCAAAAAUGGGAAUCUGUUAUUUUUUCUUGUGGAUGAUACCCACGAACGUCUGCGUGAGAGGGCCCAGUUAAGUUGUUCGAAAGGUUGAUAAUGCUAUCUCUACCCAGUGGAUAAAGCAAUAAUGCUUUUACCACUGGAGGGUGGUUUAUCUGUUGAAUAGCGGCUGCGCUAUCUGACGCUUUAGCAACCGGGUGCAAGUGAAAAGUCACUCGCGAGAGACAUGCGAGAGGAGAUGCAAUCGAACCGAUUGAACGGAUGGUAAGGGGAAAACAUGCUUCGCCACAUCCAGCACCCAAACGGCUUUUUCUGCCUUUUAAGCACAGGUUGUUAUAUUAUGAUUUGAUUAAUCAACCUAUAAUAUCUUACUGAUGCUGCCUAAGGUUAUUUGAUCUUAUUUGGUUAUGCUGUGAAUUAAAGGAAUCAUUAAAUAGACUUUUGAAGCUGUAAAAGAGGGCGGCUAGGGUUAUUUCAUCUUCCAAUAAUGAUUUGCCAUCUGUAUAGUCUGCUACACAGCCGUUUUUAGUGUCGUCACGCAACACUCCCGCGAAGACGUUCUUAGGCGUUCGUCACACAAUCACAUACAAUUCAUACAAACCAUACAUACUCAAUUUCUCAUAUUUGCAUCUCAUCAGGUACCUGAACACUGAUUUGCAUCUCAUCAAAGAUUUAACAAAAGAAGCUAUUAUAUUUAUGCUUCGUUCUUCUGUGUUUUCUUUUUUUAUGUUUUUUUUUUUUAAGAAAAAGCGAUCCUACGAGGGCCGGGCAUUCCGAAAUUGCAAAUAAAAAUUUGAGGACGCGUGGGGGGGGGGGGGGGGGGGGAAAAAAAAAUUUACCACCACAAAAAAAAUGUUGUUUUUUCCACGCGAAAAAAAACAGGCCAGCAGCAAAAACAAACAACCCGCUGAAGAAAAAAAUUAUAAAACCCUUUUUUAAAAAAAAAAUUUUCCACAUUUUCCUUUAAAAAAAAAACACAAAAAAUAAGUCACGAGAAAAUAAAAAACACAAAAGAUAUAUCAACUUCUUUUUUUUUUCUUUUCUCUUUUGUCUUUUUCUUUCUUUUAUUUAUUUUAUUCAAAAAAAAAAAACCACCACCAAGCAACAGAAAAUUAAAAAAAAAAAAAAAAAAAUUGUGGGGGGGUGUGGGUGGGGGGAGUUGAGAAACAAAAUUUAGCCACAGCAUAAAAAUCGUGUUUUACUCACUCGGACAAACACAGGACAGCUAGCAAUAGCAACAGUCUGCUGAAGUUAAAAAUGUUAAAUACCUUAUUUAUACACGAAAUUUUCGCGAAUUUCGCUAUAAAAAAAAUCGCGAAAUUAGAGUGACGCGGAAAUUAAGCAACUCACAUGUCCAUAAUCAAGAAAGAACGAGUUUAUUACCACUGAAACGUUUACAAAUCACAUAUUUCACUUUUCUGAUGAAUUUCCAGUGUAAAUGGAUGUUGUGGUCAAUUGACUCAAAAACAAUAAUUCACGUACAAGCAUGAACUGCUUGUGGACAUGGUGAGAACUGCUUGUUUUUUCUUAAUUUUGACGCUUUUGUUCCUUUGAUAAUUAAAGUCGUUUUAUUUAUAUGUUAAAUAACAUUGCCUAUGAAAUGUAAACAUGUCUGAGAGAGUAAUAACGACUCGAAGUAAUCGAAUGAAAUUCAGGCUAGGUAGUUAACGGAUAUGAAAAUCGUUCGUGAAGGGAAUCAUUUGUCAAGAUACUUGGGUGACGGUAACGCAAUCACACGUUCACGGUCGGGUGGAUCACUAAUUUUUUUUUCAACGAUUUGUUUUUUUGUCAACGAGGGAUCCACUGUAAUUCAGGUUCGGCUGUUGUAGUCCCCCUGUCUAAUAAUUUUUAUGUAUUCAUGUAUAAACAGGGGCACCCAACGACGGUUUCCUCCUAAAUGCAUUGAAUUUCAAAUCUCUUAUUGGCGCUAUAAAAUUUAUUUCUGUUCGGUCAUCCUCGGACAACUUGAAUCUAUUCGAAGUUACCAGGGCUUCGGAAUUAUUUUCCCGAAAAUUUUAGAUGCAAUUUAAAGUUUUACGAAGGGGUGGAUUUUUUAUUUUCGAAUCCGAACAUUUCAGUGUGCAAAAUAGCUUAGGCGGGGAAAUAUUUAACCUCAGAAAAUCGUAGGGAAUUUAUUAGUUAAGCUUCGAAAAUUAUACAAGGUAUAGAAAAUUCUAUGCAAUUUUUGCUUUUCCGAACAGAAAACAGCCGUUGGUUGUCUUGGUUUUCCGGAGCCGAGUCUUGGUUUUCCCGCAACGCUCCUCCCCGGAGGAGCGUUGCGUGACGACACUAAAAACGGCUGUGUAAAUGUAGCAGACUAUAAUUAAUAUCGCCCAUCGAGAGUGCAACAUGGCGAAUCUAAUAGAGUUGCGAACGAUUUUUCUGUUGUCAUUUAUCCCUAUCGCAAUUUUCACGGUCAUUAUUUGUUCAUGGAGGCCCAUAUUCAUUGCGUAUGGCUUUAGAUACGUGAAUAUCGUCUUUUCAGAAAUUGUACGUGAUAAACAGAGGUUUAUAGACAAAGAACUACAAACUGCUACAAACGAAUGGAGGCUUUACCAGAUGGAGAGUCUCUUUGGCCAAGAAUGGUGCAAAGGAAACGCUGAACCAAGAAGCAAUGUAACAUGGCUAACAGCUUUGGUGAACGAUAACUUAAUUGUACCUUCACUGGUGCUAGGCCAUUCAAUUCGCACUUUUUCUUGUCAGCAAAACAUGAUUGCGUUAAUUUCGGAGCGAGUCAGCCGAACAGCGGCGAAAGCACUACAACGUGUUGGCUGGGAGACUCGCGUAGUCGACGAACUAGAUUGCAACUGGAUGGAUGCGGAAUUAGGCGGUCAAGCAAACAUGGAUCUUUUUAAAAAGCAACGAAUAAAGGGAACACACACCAGAUUUCAUGCCUGGAAAUUCACGAAUUAUUCCAAAAUUAUUUACACCGAUGCCGACUACAUGUUAAUGACAAAUAUUGAUGAAUUGUUUGACAUUGAAGACGACUUUGCAGCUGUGCCUUGCGGAAGACCAGGGGUAAUCGAUCCAUGCUUUAACGGAGGACUACUCGUGUUUAAACCCGAUAAAAAAUACUUCGAUGAGAUCAUGAAACUUUGGUUUGAAAUCACUGUGAAAGACACUUGCCCAAACGACCAAGAUUUGCUCUCCUUUUAUUUUAUAGAUGCCGGCAAAUGGAAUAAACUUCCGUACGCCUACAAUAUUAGACGAAUCAUUUACAGACCCAUGAAGUCGUUCCACUUCGCCUGCUGCUAUCCGCCAAAGCCGUGGACUGCAAAAUGCAGGCCAAGCAGAGAAGAAGCGAAACUCUACAAGGGACCAAUCUUAACUUUCGACGACAUAGCCUUACUGUUUUGGAAGAAUAUUUAUGAACUUCUGACGAAAUACGAGCUCGAGGACUGGUGGAGAUCUACGGAGUUUUUUAAUCCUACGCAGGAAUUUGGAAAUAUUUCUUACGCUCAUUGCUCGAAGAGUAUUUCUAGGCGUAAAAACAGCAGUAAAGGACAAGACUGA